GACAGAUUAAGUGUCAAGAUUUCUUAACUACCCCAUCGCUCGCAGUAUUUUUUAUAGUAAGUUAGAUCUUCCAUGUGGUGAACAGUCCAAUCUUUAGAACGGAAAUGUAUCAGUGCUCAAAUUCAUUUUAUUUAUGGUGAGUGUUGACAAUGCCAAUCAAGCCGCAGCACUUUAUCGGGAAAGUUUUGGCACAAAAGCGACUUCGGAGGGAGAAACGAUUGCGUCGAAGACUUCAAGAUCAGCUUGAUCUGGAGAAUAAAAGGAGGGCUCAGCUAGAGGAUGCACUACGAGGCGCUGGUGCAGCAGAACAAAUCACACUCAUAAACGAUAAAAUUUCCCAAGACCAGCAACAUCAACUACAAAAAGAACAGCAGCAACAGCAACAACAGCAGCAACAACAACAGCAACACCACGUAAGCACCUCCCAGCAUCACCAGGCUCCCAGACACAGUCCUCAACCUCCUCCUCCGAUGGACAGGCUUGAGAUGCGUCCCAUCAAGCAAGAACGGGAGGACCCAUCUCCGGCUCCACAGCACCCAUCGCCGUCACCCAGUGCCUCCCAGAGUGGGUAUGGGCAAAGUAGGCCUGAGGCACCGCCACCUUCAAUGCCUCCGGUGUCAGAGGCCAAGCCUUGGGGGUACGCUGGCAUGGACAUGAUCAAUACGGGGGCGGCUGCAUUCUGGCAGAAUUAUUCCGGUCUUAUUUACCAGUACCGAGGUUUGCCCAGUCUGAAGAAAGAAAUCAGUUAAAUCGGU